AUGCUGCGAACUGUGUGGGUGGCUAGGGCAUCGGUGUCAUUCCUCCAGGAGACCCAUUUCCAGGGGGGCGAUGCCCCGGCACUCAGGGAUCGGAGGUUCCCCAUAGGAUACUUCGCCAACCACAGAGACUCCAAGAAAGCAGGAGUGGCCACCCUCUUCGCUAGCACUGUGCCCUUCAACUGCGUAGAAAAAAAGGCUGACCCGAACUGGCACUUGUUCCUUAAAGGCACAAUAGCAGACCGGCGCUACACCUUCGCCUCCGUAUACGCCCCUAAUGCCAAACAACAUCGCUUCCUCGCUAAAACAGCACGGCUACUGGAGGGUUUCCGGGAGGGGCUCCUGAUCCUUGCGGGAGACAUCAACGUCCCCAUGGACCCCGCAUAG